AUGUCAAAGGAGCGAUUCAAAGCUUCUUCAUAUACAGAUCUCACAAAUAGUUCAGUCGGUUCUCUGGAAUAUUUGCAAACAAGUUUUCAGAGCUCUAUGGUAAAAAGAAGAUUCUAUAUAACUAGUCUUCACAAUGGAUGUCCCGGGGACAUUGGGUGGCUUCUUGUCAAAGAGUCCGUAAUAAAUAAACCCUGCAAAGUGGAUCAAGUGUCUGAAACAACUAUCUGGUACAGUGGUUUGACGAGAAAGGAUUAUUUCAAAAGUUUCCUGAAAGCAGAUUUAAUGACUGUUGAAGUCAAUAUAGAUGUUAUGUGCAACGACAGUCAUUUGCAAAUUGAGAACGCCGUUUACAAUGUGACAGGAAAUCAAUUCAACGACACUGUGACGUAUAGGUGUCUGGAUGGUUUCCAUCAUACAUCUGGGGAUUUGUACAGGCGAUGCAAUCACCUGGGUUAUUGGACAGGAACAUCUCCUACGUGCAGUGCCGUGUGUGACAUAACAAGCUUGUAUAUUGACAACGCAAAGUACACCAUAACAGGAAACCUGUACAACGACUCUGUUACGUAUAGAUGUCUGGAAGGUUCCAAUCAUACCUCCGGGGAUCUGUACAGACGAUGCAAUCACCUGGGAUACUGGACAGGAAAAAGUCCUUCUUGUACCAAUGCGUGCUACUGUCCAUGUGGAUCUAAUAAAUACAUAAACGUAAAUGAUACAGAGACAUUACAAGCCAGACUAGAGGAAAUAAAAUCCAAGCUCUCUAUCAAGGCAAACGAAACUUCUAAAGCUCGGCGUUUAAAAGUAUGUGCAAAGGAUGAGAGAACCUCAGCGAAAGCAGUCGGAAGUAUCCUAGGUGGACUUAUCAUCGGAGGUUUUGUAUUAUCAGUUAUAGCAAGUGAUUUACCGUUGACCCUACGUGAUAUUAAGAAAGCAUACAGAAACAUAAGGUCUUAGUUAAAAACAAAUUAAGACCUUUUUCUUGCUUGUCACUUAUGUGUCAUUAAUUAAGAUAUUAAUUAUUAUCAUCAUGGACGUAUCUUGAAUAGUUUACAUUGUCAAUAAGUAUGCAAUAAACAAAUUUAUUACUAGGAAAAAUACAUUUUAAACCGUUUUUAUCAAGGAUAUGAGUAGUAGUUUAUUUGAUUCAAAUUUAAAUAUUCAUAUAUUUUCAAAGGGGCAUGGCAACGUUUUUAGAUAGAUAUUUUUAAAUUUGAAUUUUUCGUAUUUUUAUGUUCAAAUGGAUUUUUUGCAUGAUUUCUGAUGGAAACAAAAGCAUGAAUGUCAAGUGUCGAGUUACAUGAAGGACACAUUGUUUAGAAAUCUUUGUUAUGUAAAUAAGG